CAUUGGUAACACUGCAGUUUUGACUUGACUUUGUGUCAAAAUAUGCAGAGUGUUUCGCUUUCCGGUGUACUUUCAAAAUAAUAUUUGAAAUUGAAUAAUAAUUUUUAAUAACUGAAAUUUUCCCUUUGGGAAAAUGGAAGAAAAACCCUCUUUGGAUAUUGUAUAUUUGGCUUUAUCUGCCUUAUUUGACAGCAAAAAUGCUAACGAAAAUGAAAAAGCAGCCCAAUGGCUGGAUAGUCUUCAAAAAUCUGUUUAUGCUUGGACAAUCGCAGAUGAAAUCUUACAUCGUAAGAAGGACUUACAAUCCUGUACCUUUGCUGCACAGACUAUGAGGUCUAAAAUUUUGAAUAGUUUUCAUGAAUUACCACUAGAAGCUCAUAGUUCCCUUAGAGACUCUCUGGUAGAACAUAUCAGUCAAGUGAACGAAAAUACUAAUAGUGCUAUUGUUAGACAAUUAUGCUUAGCUUUGGCCGAUUUGGCAUUACAAAUGACUUCAUGGAAAAGAGCUCCUUUAGACCUUAUUGGUAAAUUUUCACAAACCAAUGUUUGGCCACUGUUAGAAAUUCUUACAGUUUUACCUGAAGAGAUAGAGAAAAGAAAUAUAAGAUUAGGAGAAAACAGACGUUUAGAACUUGUUGAUGAAUUCAAGCAAUGUGCAGAAACUAUAGAACAAUUUCUACAGCAUUGUUGUAAGCAUUAUUCUGGGAAUUUUCACGAUAAUGUUCUAGUAAACAUAACAAUUUUAUGUUGUUUCACCUCUUGGGUUUCGAUCGGAGCAAUUCCACUAAAGAGCUCUCAUAAUAAUGUCAUAAUUAUAAAUGCAUUUAAUAUCUUGGAUGCAAAAAACACUGUAUCAGGUCCUCUACAUGAUGCUGCAACUCACUGUAUUUGUAUGCUACUUCAAUGUUUAGAAGAUGAUAUUAUUGAACUUGAAAGUUUCCUUUUCAAUAACAUAGUACAAUUAGAAGGAUCGUAUCAUUUAUCUGUAGCAAAUGAAGAUCAAGAUAAAUCAAAGAACUUUUGCAAAAUAUUUUCAGAAUUAGCUGAAUCCUUUUUAGAAAAAAUUAUAAAUAAUAGUACUAGAGAGUCAUACUACUAUGCAGUCAAAGCCCUAGAUUUAGUAUUGAUGUGUGUUGGCCAUCAUGAUUAUGAGGUAGCUGACCUAACUUUCAGUCUUUGGUAUGUUCUCAGCGAAGAAUUAUAUCAUAAGAAUAGCAAAGAAAGCAAUGAACUUUUCAAACCAUUUGUAGAAAGGCUUAUAACUGCUCUGUGCAGACACUGUCAAAUAGAACCAGAUCACGAAGGACUUCUUAAAGAUAAUGAUGACUUCAAAUAUUUCCGAUCCAAGGCAUCGGACUUGAUAAAAGACGUUGUUUUUGUUGUUGGUAGUAGUAAUUGUUUCAAACAAAUGUUUUUAAAUUUACAAAACCCGACUGCGACUUGGGAUCAGAGUGAAGCCUCUUUGUUUGUUAUGCAAUCUGUGGGAAAGAAUAUAUUACCUGAUGAAAACGAAAUUGUGCCCCAAGUUGUUGAAGCAAUACUGAAUAUUCAGGACCAAACCGCACAUAUUGCUGUCAAGUAUACUUCGGUUAUGCUCCUUGGAGAAUUAUGCGAUUGGGUGGAAUUGCAUCCUAACACGUUAGAUCCUAUAUUGCAUUUUUUGGUAUCUUAUUUACCACAACCAGGUAUUGGUCCGGCUGCCGCUAUAGCUCUGCAGAAUAUUUGCACUACAUGUGGUAGUCACAUGGCUAAACAUAUGGCUUUCUUGUUGCAAAUAUUGCACCAAGUUGACAAAUUCAGUAUAAGUAAUGACGCGAUUAUAGGUCUUUUAAAGGGUGUAGCGGCAAUUAUUGGUUAUAUGCCUAGAAAUGAUGCUGUUGUAGCUUUCCGAGAAAUUUGUUUUAUUCCAAUAACACCUCUAGUUCAGUUAAUAGAGCAAAAUACUCCUACCUCUAAAGGCACAAAAUCUGAUCCUGUUAUUUGGUUGGACAGACUGUCUUCUAUACUGAGGAGUGUUACAGUCAAGCAAAUAGAGGACGAAGAACACCCCUGCAAGUCUGUUAUUUUAGAAGUAUGGCCUAUAUUAUCAAAGACAUUUGAUAAGUAUCAAAAUGAUGGUAGAAUAAUGGAAAGGUGCUGUAGGUGUCUAAGGUUUAUGUUAAGAUGUGUCAGUCAACAGUUGGUAGAAGUUUUACAGAAUUUAGUUCAUCAAAUUGUAGUUAUCUAUAGUAACUACAAGCAUUCCUGUCUUUUGUAUGUUGGGAGUAUAUUGGUGGACGAAUAUGCCACAAAUCUAACAUGUGUUCUGGGGUUGAUAGAUAUGAUGCAUGCCUUUCUUGAACCGACAUUCAUACUAUUCCAGCAAAAUGGAUUGGUGAAGCAUCCAGACACUGUUGAUGAUUUUUUUAGGUUAUGUGCAAGAUUCAUGCAAAGAGCUCCUAUACCUUUUUUACGGAGUACAGCGAUGGGUCCAAUUAUUCAGUGUGCUCUUUCCGCAUGUUCACUUGUACAUAAAGAAGCAAAUACAUCAGUAAUGAAAUUUUUGUAUGAUGUUAUCAGCACUGGGCAUAUUGGCAAGAAACAGUCAGAUUGGGAAAUGAGGAACUCUUUAGUAAAACGUAUACUUAACGAGUUUGGUCAGCAAUUGGUUACAAACUUGAUACAUGCUAGUGUUUUUUACCUUCAUUCUUAUAUGUUAUGCGAAUUAAGUGAUGUGAUAGUAGAAUUAUUGGAAUUCGAUAGACAAGUAACAAAAGAAUGGUUAGCUAAUGCUCUAGAGACUUUACCCAAACAAGAUAACGGCAGUAUAAAUGCUGCAACUCCUCACCAAUUGGAAGAAAUACAUACAAAGAUAUCAAAAUCUGACACAUCAAAAGCUAUUACACAUGCAUUGAAGGACCUCAUCAGAUAUUACCGCUGAUAAAAUAUUAUUCAAGAUACUGUAAUAUAUAUACAUAUAUGUUUAAAGAAGUAGACUGUAUUUUAACAGUUUUAUCCAAUUGAAGAAUAAAUUUUUAUUUUUUA